AUGACAGAGCCCUCCCGCACACCAUCAUCCACCAACCCACCUAACUAUAACUUGCCAGCCUCCCCCUCCACCCAACCUGCCACGUCUCCUCCGUCAGCCUUGCCACCGUCAGCCCCGCCGCCGUCAGCCCCGCCGCCGUCAGCCCCGUUGCCAUCAGCGCCGCCGCUGUCAACGCUGCCACCGUCAGCGCCGCCGCCGUCAGCGCCGCCAUCGUCAAGGCUCUCAACAACCUUUAAGUGGAAGCAAACGGCUGACAAUCCUCCUUCAGCCGGUCAUUAUUUCUUAGCAUUAUUUCCUGUGUCAGGAAAUGUUAACGUUGGGAUUACCCGCUGUGAGAGCCCCUGUGAGAGCCCCUGUGAGAGCACCUGUGAGAGCCCCUGCGAGAGCACCUGUGAGAGCCCCUGUGAGAGCCCCUGUGAGAGCCCCUGUGAGAGCACCUGUGAGAGCCCCUGUGAGAGCACCUGUGAGAGCCCCUGUGAGAGCCCCUGUGAGAGCCCCUGUGAGAGCCCCUGUGAGAGCCCCUGUGAGAGCCCCUGUGAGAGCACCUGUGAGCCCUGUGAGAGCCCCUGUGAGAGCUCCUGUGAGAGUCCCUGUGAGAGCCCCUGGGAGAGCACCUGUGAGAGCCCCUGGGAGAGCACCUGUGAGAGCCCCUGUGAGAGCCCUUGUGAGAGCAUGAGAGCACCUGUGAGAGCCCCUGUGAGAGCAGUGAGAGCCCCUGUGAGAGCCCCUGUGAGAGCACCUGUGAGAGGAAGGGAGGAAGGAAGGAAGUUAAAGGGAAGUUAA